AUGGAACAUACCUCGAUAUCCUCCCCCGUUAAGAAACGAAAGCACAAAGAUGAUGAUGGGCAUUCUUCCAAAAAACGAAAACAUCACGACGAGGCCCUCGCUUCGACUCCCAAAAAGUCUAAGAAGGACAAACACCGAAAGCACAAAGACGAUACGAAGCCGACGCCCUCAGAGUCGCAAGCCCCGUCUUUUGAAUCUAUAGAAUCAUCUCCUUUCCAUCUCGUUAAAACCACCUUAUACCUCUCUGUCUCGCCGAUUUGUAUCUCUGAUGAGUUCGCUCUCUCCGGACUAUUGUCAGAGCACAUCACACCGCUAUUAUUGACAUAUUACCCGCCUGUUCGGGGGGUCGUCCUCGCCUUUUCCAACCCAUCACUGUCUUCCUCUCCUUUUACAGUGCCAAAAGACGCCCUAGACCCCACAGCACUCACGCUCGCCGUAUCAGGCGGCGAGUACGGUGUUCUAUACGUAUACCUCACAGUUACUCUGCUUGUAUUUCGCCCAGAGCGUGGCCAGGCUCUAGAAGGUUGGAUAAAUGUGCAAUCGGAAGGGUUUCUUGGUGCCGUCGUCCAUAACCUUUUUUCCAUUGGGAUCGAUCGAAAACGCCUCCCUCCAGCCUGGAAAUGGAUCGCGCCCGGCCAGCAACCUCCUGACAGAGUGCCGGAUGAAGAAGAUUCCAACUUUGAUAUAGAUAAGGAUGGCUUUCGCCCUUUGACGAGCGGGGAGCAUAUUCCUAACGAUUACGAGGAUGAAGCAUCUGCGGCGACAGGAUAUUUUAUGACAGGCUCUGGGAAACGGGUGAGGGGCAUGAUUAAAUUCAGGGUCAAGGAUGUUGAUGUUAUCCCGGGGAGUGAGCAUGAUAAAGGGUUUAUCAGCCUUGAGGGAACAAUGCUGAGCCCCGAGGAGGAGGCAAAGCUGAUUACUGAAGAGAAAAGAAGGGCUAUGCUAUCUCAGAAAGGUGUGGUUGACUUUUCAGUGAACAAAGGCGAUGACGUGAUGGUGUCUGGAGGACUAGUUGGAGAACACGCGGCUAGCAAGAGCGCUACUGGAAGUACAGAGAAGACUAAGAAAAAGAAAAAAAAGUCAAAAGAUUGA